GUGGAGUGGAUCCAAAAUUGUUAGGUGAAGCUAAAAGUUUCUUUGAGAUUCAGGGGGAUAACUUUAUUUUCUUAUGAGGGUGCUUUUGCCGCGAAUUUGAAAUAUAAAUAGAUCCACUAGGUUCUUAGAUUCUCAAACACAAGCUACUAAACAUUCAAGGCAAAGGCAAAGGCAAAGGCAAAGGCAAAGGUAAAGGAAUAUUGGUAGCUUCAAUAAUCAACAUGGUAGUACAUUCUGCUUCGUCCUCCUUUCAACCCCGCUUGAUCAAAAUAGGUGUCAUCCCUCUACGCUCAUCUUCUUUAGCUCUAGUACUACCGCAUCGCACCAGCAUCUCAUGGCUGCAAAACAGACACAAUAUGGGCCAAGGAAGGGUCACUCACUCCCGUUGCACACCGUCGUCGGCGGCGGCAUCCCAACAGAGUGGACGUCGAUCAGCUAAUUAUCAUCCAACCAUUUGGGAUCACCAAGUCAUUGAGUCUUUGAAGAAUCCUUACACAAAUGAAGUCUCCCAUGGCCGCUUAGAGGAGCUCAAGAAAGAAGUAAAGAAGCUGAUCCAGUCCACCAAGGAUCCAUUGGUUCAAUUAAAACUCAUUGACUCAAUUCGACGGUUGGGAGUGGCUUACCAUUUCCAGGAUGAGAUCAAAGAGUCCCUUCUUCAGCUGGUUCAUUUGGAGUGCAAUCAUGAUCUCUACACUGCUGCUUUAAAAUUUCGAAUUUUUCGAGAACAUGGCUAUCAAAUUAGUUCAGAUGUGUUCAAUGAAUUCAAAAACAAGGAUGGGAGCUUCAUGGACUGCUUGAGUAAGGAAGCUGAUAAGGGUCUCUUGGGGUUAUAUGAAGCUUCAUAUCUUGGAAUGAGUGGAGAAGAUGUGCUAGAGGAAGCCAUGGAAUUCAGCAUCUCACGGCUCAAAUCAUCAAUGAUGACAGAACAAGUGAGACAAUCUCUGGAAGUUCCAUUAUACUGGAGAAUGGUGAGAUUAGAAGCUAGGAACUUCCUAAAUAUUUACGAGGAGGAGGAGGAGCAUAGGAAGAGUAGUUCAAGCACAUUGGUUGAGCUAGCGAAGCUGGAUUUCAACAUUGUGCAAUCAGUACACCAAAGGGAAUUACAUGACCUCUCCAGAUGGUGGAGAGACUUGGCUUUUGAAGAAGAGCUUUUGUUUGCUAGGGAUCGAUUAGUGGAAAAUUUCUUAUGGGCAGUUGGGAUUAUUUAUGAGCCACGAUUCUCCCGAUGCAGGAAAGAUCUCACCAAAUUAAUCUCCAUAUUAACAGUAAUUGAUGACAUUUAUGACGUAUAUGGAUCAUUGGAUGAACUUGAACUCUUCACGAGAGCAGUCGAACAGUGGGAUGUCAAAGCAUUAGAAGACCUUCCCAACUACAUGAAGUCAUGCUACUUAGCCCUGUUCAAUUUUGGUAAUGGAAUAGCUUAUGACUUACAAAGGGAUCAUGGGUUGAGCAUCUUACCUUAUGUAAAGCAAGAGUGGGCAAGACUAUGCAGAGCAUACUUGGUGGAAGCAAAAUGGUUUCACAAGGGGUACACACCUGGGUUAGAGGAGUACUUGGCUAAUGCAUGGAUAUCAGUGGGUGGUCCUAUAGCCAUGGUCCAUGCUUAUCUUCUGCAAUUGGAAGGGCACAACCUACCGAAUGGGUCUCUUGAUUGCUUGAACAAUGGGUCUGAGCUAGUUUAUUGGUCAUCUAUCAUUACUCGACUCACCGAUGACCUCGGAACUUCCCAAGCUGAGAUGGAAAGGGGAGACGUGCCCAAGUCCAUACAGUGCUAUAUGAAGGAAAAUGGUGUCUCAGAGGGAGAAGCAAGAGAACGCAUAAUGGGCUUAGUGAGGGAUUCAUGGAAGAACCUUAACAAGUGUGCCCAAAGCAGUGGGCUGCCUAGACGGGUGGUGGACAUGGCCUUGAACAUGGCACGGACUUCCCAGUGCAUCUUUCAGCACGGCGAUGGGAUCGGCACUGCGGCCGGGGUGACAAAAGAUCGAGUGGUCUCACUGUUCAUCGAGCCCCUUCCAUGAAUCAUUUCAUGACUUUAGAUCCAAGAUUCCUAUCAACCUAGUGAUUAUGUUGUAAUUACAAGGGCCUACAUGUUUAGUCGGGGCCUAUUUCAAUUAAUAUUAGGAUUUAUUUAUUAAAACAAUGUGUUCUACCA